CUGUGCCGGUUACGUCAAACACGUAUAUGUGCGCUACCCAACACUCUCUGAAUUAAGGUGUCGACGCUUCGCAGCACUGAAAUUCAACAACAUUUCAGCCACAAAACAACAGUGUCCGGAAUAUCUCAGAAAAGGGUAAAUAAAAGCACGGAAAGGAAGGCCAAGAAGCAGAGGCCAUCACUUGACCGCCACUUAUUCACGCCCACGCGUCAUGGAAGCCGCCCAGAAUGCCGACCAGGCGGCCCAGCAGCUCGUUGGGCCAACAGACGCGGUGCAUGAAGAGGAGGAGCCGCCGCACCAGCAUCCGCUGUCGAACAGUGUGGGCAGUCUGAAGCGCCAGAUCAGCCGUUUCCAUCCGUAUCAUGGGUCAAACAUCCAGCUGGAUGACGAUGCAACCGUCGCGUAUCGCAGGGCGAGCUUCGCCGAUGCGUUAGCCUUCUCGGAGCGGCCGCUGGCGCCGGGCGACAUAUUCCUAGUGGAGAUUGAGCAGAUUGAGCGCGGAUGGUCCGGACACAUGCGCCUGGGCCUCACCGAGCUGGCUCCCAAUGUGAUUGAGGCAAGCGCCGAGGGCCUUCCGCACUUUGCUCUGCCAGACCUAGCCAAUAUGGGCAACAGCUGGAUAUACCCGAUAUCCAAGUUCGAUAUGAAUCAGCGGCAGGAGCCCGUGGACAUCAUCGAGCCGGAGACCUAUAGUCAGUCACACCGAAACCUUCUGGGCGAUGCACCACACAUAAGGACGCCGCGUGGCCUGCUGCCAAAGAGACUGCUGCGUCCGGCCAUGGGCAAGGGAAACUCUGACAUUCUGCUCACCGACAGAGGCUCUCGCAUCGGCAUUAUUUACGUGCCUUCAACAAACAGCCCGUCCAGAGGCGAGCUUCAUUUCAUUAUAAAUGGCGUGUCCCGUGGACCCGUCGCCAGGGAAAUUCCUUUGAAUAUGGCACCCCUAUUUGUUGUUAUCGACGUGUACGGCACCACCAAGCAGAUCCGCAUCAUCCAGCUCGAGGGCAUUCUUUCCCUGCAAAGCGCCUGUCGCAAUGUCAUCCUGGAGCACGUUCCAGAGAACGCGAUUGGCCACCUGCCACUGCCCGAAAGCAUCAAAAGAUUCCUGCUGCGUAGAGAUUAGGGUCGCACAUAGAUGGCUCUAUGUAAUAGAGCUUUGUGUUCCAGUGUGAAUGUAGAGAGAGAGCGUGUGCGAGAGUGUGUAUGCAUGAGCGUGGAUCGUGAUAGUCUGUUUACCCAUAUUUUUAUAAGCAUGUAACACAAGCAGUGCCAGCAGCAGCAGCAGCCACAACUGAAGUGCCCGUACAUUGACUCUUGAUUUCAGGCACAAGGCGUUGAGGGCCGCAUCUAAUGGAUCGAUGACGAUGCACUCCGCUACCCAGUUGAACUCUAUACAAUACCAUUCCCGGGUCACCCUCUGCUGUGGCGGGUGUCUAUUUUUAAAAUGUUCUAAUUUAUUUUUUGUAUCGGUCUGGUUUCGUUCAUUAUAUUUUUUGAGACUAUGUUUGAGAACAUAACCAUCGUUAUCCGACUCAAUAGGAGGGAUACCAUAUCUACGAGUAUCUUCCAGCUGUAGAAGACCGGACCAGAUCCAACACCGCCCUGCCUUUUAGCGUUUCGGUUCCGAUCCAUUCAAGACGAUUUUCGUUUGCUUUUUACUUCUAAGUGAUUGUUGCUAAAUGUAAAUUAAGAAUGUAAUAAAAUACCGAACGAAGUUGCUGUAAUCCGUCAAAUUCCAUA